AUGUGGAUUAUCAACUGGUUCUACGACGUCCUGUCGUCGCUCGGCCUGCUCAACAAGCACGCCAAGCUGCUGUUCCUCGGCCUCGACAACGCCGGAAAGACGACGCUGCUGCACAUGCUGAAGAACGACCGGGUUGCCAUCCUCCAGCCUACCCUCCACCCCACUUCUGAGGAACUCGCGAUCGGCAAUGUCAGGUUUACGACUUUCGACCUGGGAGGUCACCAGCAAGCGCGACGCCUGUGGAGGGACUACUUCCCCGAGGUGAACGGGAUCGUGUUCCUGGUGGACGCCAAGGACCACGAGCGGUUCGUGGAGGCCAAGGCGGAGCUGGACGCGCUCCUGCAGAUGGAGGAGCUGGCCAAGGUGCCGUUCGUGAUCCUGGGCAACAAGAUCGACCACCCGGACGCCGUGUCCGAGGACGAGCUCCGCCACCAGCUGGGCAUGUACCAGACCACGGGCAAGGGCAAGGUCCCGCUCGAGGGCAUCCGCCCCGUCGAGGUGUUCAUGUGCUCGGUCGUGAUGCGCCAGGGCUACGGCGAGGGCAUCCGGUGGCUGAGCCAGUACGUCUGA